AUGGAGUGGCUCAAAAGAUUGGUUUCCCGUCUUCGAGCUCUUAACUUUUUCGCAUCUCCGCUAACAGUCAACAAUGAAUAUGAAGUACAAAACGAACGUAUUGCCACACGUAUUUUCGUUGUACUACUAAUACUGGUCAUUCUAGUACUCGUCGUUUAUACGGGUCAAGUGAAUGUAACUCAUACCAUCGAGAUAAAGCAUCCGUUAUACCAACAGUUUCAAAGCCUCGCUGUUAGUUAUCCUGACACACUGCGAUGUCCAUGUACUAAUGUGGCUGUUCAGCAAAGCACUUUUAUCAUUCUUGAACCACAGUUCCAUCAGUUGUGUACAUCCGGUUUUGUCACAUCAGAAUGGAUUGAGCACAUCAGUUCAAAUGCAGAUUUGUACGCGGCAGAUGAUUUUAGUCGAACUGGAGGUUUAUUCUUUCAGACACUUGCUUCAUUUUGCCGUCUUGCAAACAGUACAAUUGCUAGUGCUUUAGAAACAUUCAGCUUAACCAAUUUCAUAACGAUCCAGGCUCUAACGGAACCAGUAUUCAAUGAACAAAUCAAUGCAAUAAUUCACAAUUUUCGAUCGACUACUGAACUCACUUUUUAUCAAUCGUUCGAUCUUGUCACGUUCACUACUCUAACGAACACGUUACUAUCUGGUUUAAUGACUAAUGCUUUGUUCCAGCUAUAUCGGGUUGUGGGACAAUCAUACAUUUCAAUCAGUAGUUAUUCUCGAAAAUAUGUGAAUAACACAUGCCGCUGUGGUCUGACUGCAACUUGUACUGCACCUUCUAGGGUAGAAGAUCGACGUUAUAACACAACGACUGCGACUUUCACUAUACCUGGUCUUGUCACAGGCUGCUACCUUGUUGAAGCCACGCGGCGUUCUACUCUCGAAUGCUUCUAUUCUACGACGUGCAUGACAGCUAUCGAACAAUAUCUUCAAGCGUCUGUAGCACUGACUUAUCCUGUCUUUCCUCUCAAUGCUUCGAUCGAGAGCCAAUUCAACAUGACGUCAAAUAUUGACCAAAUUCUCGCUUUUGCAAUGACCGAACAGUGGAUACAGAACAUUUCACAUUCGCAAUAUUUUGCCCAAUGUUUCCCAACCAUGUGCUCAUAUACAUAUAAGUCUCGGUUCGAUGUCAUUUAUGUCAUCACUACAUUGAUCGCACUCAUUGGUGGUGUGGUGAAAGUUCUUCGACUUCUUCUACUUCGAAUUGUCAAGAUCGUUCGACGCAGAAUCAGAGCUUUACGUCAAUCUCCAAAUCUUGAAGGCGUUGGUGAAGGUUUAAUUCAUCGUUCCGUACUAGAACGUCUUCGAGCAAUGAACUUUUUUGUUAAACAAGACUCUACAGAAUUGCAAAUUCAACAGCAAUUAACUUCUACUCGGAUCUUUUUUGUCCUGUUAGUGGUUUCCUUUAUCAUUCUCAUGUCUUAUUAUGUUAGUCAACAAACUACUAGAACAUUUCAAGUAGAGUCUCCAACAUACGAGCAGUUCAUGCAAUUGCAAAAUAAUCAGCUUUUUAAUUCAUCGCUCUCGUGUCCAUGUUCUACAUUGACAACGGCCUAUGCUAAUUUGAUUCAUGUUUCAUAUGUCCUACAUCCCCUAUGCACUUCGACAUUUGUUAACAGCUCAUGGAUCAGCUCUAUAACCCAUCACAACAACUAUAUUGCAAUAGAUUUCCGUUCUAUUGCAGCUAAAUACUUUAAUGGUCUCUACUCCUACUGUCAAUUUGCGUUAAAAUAUAUCCAACACAGUCUCGUCUCGUUUAACAGUACAUCGUUCAUUGCCGAUCGAGCUCUUACCCCAAUUAGCUUUGAAGCAAAAGCAGAAGCCAUUGUCGAAACUUUCAUCUCUUCAACUACUCGCUCAUUUUCCCACAACCUUGCUCUCAUGUCAAACACGACGCAGAGCAAUCGACUAGUGAGUAAUGAUCAGACCAACAGUGGGUUUUCCACUAUUGGCACUUACCCAUUCUAUCCCAUUGAAAUUUAUCCAAUUUAUCUUUACACGUCAUCUGGAAAAUGUCAAUGUCUUUCUACAGUACAGUGUACACGAUCGAUGAGCAUCUAUCUUAACAACGCUUCUGGAGACGAUAGCAUUCCGUUGUUUGAUGUUCCCGGUCUUUCUCAAGACUGCUUGUUAAAUGAUGGAAUACGUCAUUCAACAUUUGUUUGUUUAUUCAACCAAUCAUGUGUGAACUUUUUGACGUUCUGGCUUGUCACUACAAACGUUACUGCCAUUGAUGAGCAUAAACUUGUUCACUUUGACAUAGAUUCGACAGUUGAUGACAUGAUUCAUGCACUGUUUGUUGAUCAAUGGAACCACUCGAUCUCACACGACGCCUUCUAUGAAAACUGUCGACCUGAACGAUGCACUUACACACUAGUCGAGCAUAAUUCUUUUUGGCUCAUUUGUACAACAAUAUUCGGUCUUAUCGGUGGCUUAAUUAAAGUAUUACAAAUUGUUAUACCUCCUCUCGUUGAAGGUGUUCAUACACUGAAGAUCCGCUAUCAUCAACGUAACGAACCACGUUCAACUUCUGUAUCAACUACCGGUUCGAUUCGAUCAGCUCUCAAACAACUGCGUCAACUCAAUCUGUUCAGUUCACAAGGACCUGAUACUCCUGGAAAACGCGAUGUAAAGGACCAGAUUAUAUCAACUCGUCUAUUCAUCAUUCUUCUUGCUGUCUCUCUUAUCACUCUCACUGUCUAUUCUUCUCAAGUGGAAGUAGCAAAAACGGUAACGGUUAGCAAUCCAUCUAUUGAGCAAUAUUAUUCUCUUUACGCCAGCCACGCAGACACACUAACAUGUCCAUGUCAAAAUAUCUCCAUUCCACAAGGAUUAUUUCUUUUGGCACAACCAAGUUUCCAUCAGAUUUGCCAAAGCGAUUUUAUCAACCCUAUAUGGUUUAAUGCAUUCGUUUUUACAAAGAAAACUGCGGCAUUGCUAGGUAAAGAUUUUCGUGUGCGUGCUUCUGCCAUGUUCAAUACUCUUGCAUCAUUAUGUCAACUCUCAAUUGAGGCAAUUGAAAAUGGUUUGCUGGAUUUUGGAAUAGUGCCAUUUGUAUCCACUCAACUUCUUUCAUCGAAUGAAGUUCUUCGACGAGGCCAUGUACUCAUCAGUCUUUUCAUUUCGACUACGGAAAACUCAUUUGCUACUUCAUUGCAAACGAUUCGUGACACCACACAAGCUAAUGGUCUCAUGUCUGGUUUGAAAAGCUCGAUGAUUCUGAAUGCUAUGGAUCAGGGCAACGAAUAUCUGCUAGUGAACCCAUUGUAUGAAACAUACAAUAAUGGAGCAUGUUCAUGCGACACUGAUGCUGCAUGUGCUGAACCGGCUGCUAUAUAUGGCGGCCUUCUACCGUCAUCUAUAUACACCGUUCAAGGCUUCAUGGUCGGUUGUUAUGUUGUCGACGCAAUCCUCCAGUCGAAUCUGCAACUACUUUAUACUCAGAGCUCAAUUGACGAUCUGCAAACGCGAGCCCAAUAUAACAACUACACUUCUUUUCUUAUGAAUGCGACUGCAUUGAAAACUUCACUGUUCAGUCAAUACAAUAUUACUACACCAGUUAGUGUUAUGUCUCAAAAAUUGAUGACAGAACAAUGGUUUUCAGAAGUUAAUUACCCAGCUUACUAUAAAACGUGUCAUCCGAUUGAAUGCAAAUAUACGUACACCGAAAAGUACGAUAUUUUCUAUAUUAUCACUACUAUUAUUAGUUUGAUCGGCGGACUCACAAUGAUCCUUCAAAUAGUCGUUCCGCGACUGGUUGCUAUGAUCAGAAAGUAUUCGAUCAAACUAUGCCAUCAUAGAGUUGGAAUAGACGUACAAACACAAUAA